AUGUCGGCGACACAGUCUGAGACGGCCACCGUGGCCCAAACCGUGCGGUCAAGUGAAGCCCAGCAGGCCGGAAAGACGCCUCUGCAACUGCUCUCUCAGGGGACUUGUCUUCCAGGCAUUCCACAACACCCUACCUUUGCUGCACACAGACAGUGGCUGCUAGAGCAGAUGGCACUCGCUUUCCGUGUUUUCGCACGCAAGGGGUACACCGAUGGGUUGGCUGGUCACAUUUCUGUGCGAGACCCGGAAAACCCACACACAUUUUGGACCAAUCCCUUGGCUGUGCACUUUGGCCUCUUGAAAGCGAGUGACAUGAUUCUGGUCGACUACGCAGGCAAGCCGAUCGGCGGGAACAUGAGUCGGCCAGCAAACGCCGCUGGCUUCUUGAUCCACAGCGCUGUGCACAGGGCUCGACCAGACGUCAUUGCUGCCUGCCAUACUCAUAGUCCUCACGGUAUGGCACGGAGUGCUUUCGGACGCCCUCUUGAAAUGAUUACUCAAGAUGCUGCCUACUUGUACGGUGAUGCCCAGGCGGUGUACCAGGACUUUGGAGGCGUCGUGCUCACAGAGGAGGAAGGUGACGUAUUGGUGCCGCGACCGAGAGGCAAGGGCAUGAUUCUGCAAAAUCAUGGACUCCUGACCGUUGGGACGACGGUUGAAGAGGCAUGCUUUUUGAUGACUCUCAUGGAGCGUGCUUGUCAAUGUCAGCUACUUGCCGAAGCUGCAGCGGCAAAUGGAUUGCGCAAGGUCCUCGUUCCCGAUGCGAGCGCAAAGUACACAUUCGAAAAUUCGAGUGAUCCGGAAACCCUCUACUGGGAGGGACGGCCAGACUUGCAGUACGAGGAACACAAGUCAUAG